AUGAACGACCUCCUCCACUCGCGCUCGGAAACAACCACCCGUCUCUAUGCGGACCCUCACAACCCACAUCUUCACCUCGAACGAGGACUACUCCAUGAGCAAUUGGGAUUUGCGGAUUUAGCAUCCGCGGACGCGUAUCGUGCUCUUUCACUGUUGGAGUCCGUCGUUGACCCCGGCGGAUACGACGACGAUUCAUAUAUUGCUACAACACAAGACGAGUAUGACGAAAUCAUUGGGACCGUAUAUGCCUUGCUUGUUCGGAGCUUAGUCACUUGCCGGUGCUACAGAGACGCAUAUGAAUUCUGCAUGCGUGGUUUGUCGCUACUUGGAAGUAUGGAAAAGUGUGAUGGUAAAGCUGUGGAUACCCUCAGGGAGCAGCUAGGCGCAAUUCAGAAAGUAUAUACUUCUCGACGACCAGACUCGGUUAAGGACAAUGGAGCUGCGGAAGUGGAAAUCAACCCCAGUGCUCUGAAUGCGCAGGGCUUCGCGCGGAGGGUCCUGUACCCCUGGAACGAGCACGAGCCGGACAGAAAGGCCCCUGAAACACUCAAGCUGCUCAAUGACAGACUGAAGGAUGUUGCGCCCAAAUGUGAAGUGCGGGCUGUUGCUCUGCCCGCCCUCCACGGCACCACCGACGAAGGAACCUCAUCAGAGGGUGAGGUAUCCAUCCAACUAGGCCUCUUCGCCAAAGAAGACAUCGCCCCCGGCGAGAUCAUCCUUCGCGAAAACUCCCUCCUCACAGCCACUAACAGACUCCACGACGACCUCUGCGACGCCUGCAACGCCCCGCUCCCCGACUUAGCAUCCGAGAACCCCCCGUCGCCUGCACAGACUGCGACGACAUCAUCUUCUGCAGCCAAGCAUGCCACGACCAAGCACAGGAAACCUACCACGGCGCCCUCUGCGGUCUGA